CUGCGCCGCGGGAGGAGGAGAGGCUGGGGCGGCCACCAAACCGCGCCGCGCCCGUUCCUGCCCGCCCCGGUGUCCACGAUGGCACCUCCUCCAGGGUCAGCCAGCCCGCCAGCCUAGGUGGGGACACCAGAGGCGGCCCUCGGCGUGCGCCGGGGACGGAGCUGGCCGUCCUCACCAGGUUUGACUUGUGCUGAUUCUGGCCUAAGUUCCAGGAUGGUUUGCUCCUGGGAUCAGACAUGAACAAAGUUGACCUCAUGAGCACUUCACCCUCUCCAGCCGCCAUGCUGCUCCGGAGGCUGAGGAGACUCUCCUGGGGCAGCACUGCCGUCCAGCUCCUCAUCCUGACGGUGGUGACCUUUGGCCUGUUGGCCCCCCUGGCCUGUCACCGGCUUCUGCACUCUUACUUCUACCUGCGCCAUUGGCAUCUGCACCAAAUGAGCCAAGAGUUCCUGCAGCAAAGCUUGAAAGAGGGGGAGGCUGCCCUCCACUACUUCGAGGAGUUGCCCUCCGCCAAUGGCUCAGUGCCCAUCGUCUGGCAGGCCACCCCCCGCCCCUGGCUGGUGAUCACCAUCAUCACUGUGGACAGGCAGCCUGGCUUCCACUAUGUCUUGCAGGUGGUGUCCCAGUUCCACCGGCUUCUUCAGCAAUGCGGCCCCCAGUGCGAGGGGCACCAACUCUUCCUGUGCAACGUGGAGCGUAGUGUGAGCCAUUUCGAUGCCAAGCUGCUCUCCAAGUAUGUCCCCGUGGCUAACCGCUACGAGGGCACUGAGGAUGAUUAUGGCGAUGACCCUUCGACCAACUCAUUUGAGAAAGAGAAGCAGGAUUAUGUCUACUGCCUGGAGUCAUCCCUGCAGACCUACAACCCAGACUACGUCCUGAUGGUGGAAGAUGACGCCGUUCCAGAGGAGCAGAUCUUCCCCGUGUUGGAGCACCUUCUGCGGGCUCGCUUCUCUGAGCCACACCUCCGAGAUGCCCUUUAUCUAAAGCUCUAUCACCCUGAGAGGCUCCAGCACUACAUCAACCCAGAGCCCAUGCGGAUCCUGGAGUGGGUCGGUGUGGGCAUGUUGCUAGGACCCUUACUAACCUGGAUAUACAUGAGGUUUGCCAGCCGUGCAGGGUUUAGCUGGCCCGUCAUGCUCUUCUUCUCUCUGUACAGCAUGGGUCUGGUUGAACUGGUGGGUCGGCAUUAUUUCCUGGAACUGCGGCGUCUGAGCCCUUCCCUGUACAGCGUAGUGCCUGCCUCUCAGUGUUGCACCCCAGCCAUGCUCUUCCCUGCCCCUGCGGCCCGCCGGACCCUCACCUACCUGUCCCAGGUGUACUGCCACAAGGGCUUUGGCAAGGACAUGGCACUGUACUCACUGCUGAGGGCCAAGGGAGAGCGGGCCUACGUGGUAGAGCCCAACCUUGUGAAACACAUAGGGCUCUUCUCCAGCCUCCGGUACAACUUUCAUCCCAGUCUGCUCUAAGGGUGCCAAGAAACGCCUUUCUGAAAUUAUCUACUUCUUGGAGAUUCAAAUUUUGAGCUCUUUAUUUAGACAUG